GCGUCUGGAGACGUUCAUCAUAGUUUCAGAAACAGUCUGAGAAUGAAGUUCGUCAUUUGCACUGCUUUGCUCUUUGGAUUCGCCACGUUCGCUUCGGCGAAGCCUAGAGUUGUGGGCGGGGAAGAAGCCAUUCCUCACGAGUUUCCGUACAUGGUAUCCUUGCAAUGGCAGGGACAGCACUUCUGCGGCGGAGCGAUUCUCAGCGAGGAGUGGAUUCUGACUGCUGCUCAUUGCGUGAAGAUCUUCGACAAGGACACCGAAGUCGUCGCUGGAGCGCACAGCCUUAGUCAGCCGGAUGAAUUCGAGCAGCGAAGGAAUCACUCGAAGAUAAUCGAGCACGAAGCCUACUUGGGCGGCGUCAAUCCGCACGAUAUUGCGCUGGUCAGGCUUUCGGAGCCUUUCGUGUUCAACGAGCAAGUGUCGAAGCUCAAUCUGACCCACACAGAGCCUCACUAUCCCACCGGACAGGCCACGAUCUGCGGCUGGGGAUCGAUGUCCAACACACUGAAUCCAAUUAACCCCGACAAACUCAUGAAGGCCAGUCUGACGCUCAUGGACUCCGAACAGUGUUUCGCGAGAUAUCCUGAGGAGCCGAUGCACGAGAGCAACAUCUGCGCCGGAGAGGAAGAUGGCUCCAAGGCGAUCUGCAGCGGCGAUUCUGGCAGUCCUCUUGUGCAGAAGAACGCCGAUGGAGAAUUUGUGCUCUACGGCGUCACAAGCUGGACUUGGAUUCCGUGCGGAACACCGGGAAAAACAGGAGUUUUCGUCAACGUCACUCACUAUUUGCAGUGGAUUUUGGAUGGAAUGAAGAGCAAAUAGAAGAUGAAAGACUGAUUGCUGAAGAAGUGAAUUUGAUAAUAAAUUAAACUGAGGUUU